AUGCGUUACUCGUGGUUGAUCGGCGCUGUCUGCGCUGCAGGUGCUCUGGCCAAGCCUGUCGACAAACGGUCUUACGUGACUGAUUGGACCAUCGUCACUGUCACAACGACCAUCACCCUCCCUUAUCAGCCUCCCCCAACCUCAACUCCGGCCUACUCUCCCAUCCAGGCGGUCCAGCUCACUCAGACAGUCGCCAGCGUCGACCCUGCCCCUGCCCCUGCUCCUGUGGAGACUGAGGCUUCAUCCGCCUCCCCUAUCCCGACCCCUGAGGCUGUCAAUACCGCUCCGGUUGGUGUAGUGGAGGAAUUGCCUGGGGCUUCUGCUUGGACGUCGGCUUGGACAUCUGCUUGGACAUCGGCUUGGACAUCUGCUUGGACCUCAUCGGCUCCUGAGGCUGCGCAACCCACCACCCUUGCUACUUCGACCUCUACCACUGCCCCCGCUCCUAGUGCUCCUGCCGCUAGUGGCACCAAUGCUUAUCAGUCUGCCGUCCUGUACAAUCACAAUAUCCACCGUAGCAACCACUCGGCCAGCUCCAUGACCUGGAACACCACCCUCGAGUCCAGCGCCUAUGAGCUUGCCUCGCGAUGUGUCUACCAGCACGACACUGACAUCGGCGGUGGUGGCUAUGGUCAGAACAUCGGAUACGGUGUUUCGGCUGACGAGAUUGGAGUCAUGAUCACCAAUCUGAUGUACAACGACGAGUUCGGCUACUACGAUAAUCUGUACGGUCAGGCCAACCCUGACAUGACUUACUUCGAGAAGUGGGGCCAUUUCUCGCAGAUCGUGUGGAAGGGUUCCGUCUCCGUCGGCUGCGCUACUGUCGUUUGCAAUUCCCUCGGCAACGUGGACUCGAGUCAGCCAUCGCCCUUCACCGUCUGCAACUACUACCCUCCUGGCAACUUUGCGGGUGAAUACGGUGACAACGUCCUCGCUCCGCUUGGACACGCCUACUACUCGGCGUAA